AUGGAUUCGGAUGCUGGUUCCACUUGCAGUCGUUCCUCCUCUCCUGACCUGGCUGUGGACUCCACUGCGGGUGGCUUCUUCUCCAGCAAGAUGUUCCAAACAUACUGCGGCGGUCAGGAAGGCACUAACCAGUCAGUAGGCCAUCUCAGAGGAGAAAGAGGCUCUGUGGCCACAACAAGCGCCGGGCUUGGGGGUAAGGCUCGGACAAGAGCUGAUCUUUCCAAGGAGGACCUGCAAGAUCUGCGACUGAAGGUCAACAGCCGCGAGCGCAAGCGCAUGCAUGAUCUGAAUCAGGCCAUGGACGGCUUGAGAGAAGUUAUGCCGUACGCCCAUGGCCCGUCCGUGCGCAAGCUCUCCAAGAUCUCAACUCUUCUACUCGCUCGCAACUAUAUUCUCAUGCUCUCCAGUUCCUUGGAGGAGAUGAAGAAGCUGGUGGGAGACGUUUACGGUGCUAAUAUGGCUUCCCAGAGCCGAGUUAUCCCCCCUGCUCCAGCCCCUGCUCCAGCUCCUGCUCCCCGACUGCCCUUGCUCCCCCUAACCCAGUCUUUGCACUCCCUGGUGGCCAACCCCAAUGUUGUCUCAGCACCCUCUGGAGGUAUUCCACCAACAGCAGCCCAGGCACCUAAUUCUCCACCCAGCAGUGGCUACUUGGGCUUCCAUGCGCAUCCCAUCCCCUCUAGCCUGCUAAAGGAUCCCUUACACUUAGCUGGUUCCUAUAGGCACUUCCCUGGCAUGCCCUGUCCCUGCUCUCUAUGUCAACCCCUCCCUGCCUCCACAGCUAGCCUCCACUGUUUGCCACUGGGCAAAUGA